GUUUUGGGUGUCAACCUCCAUUUAGCACUCACUACCCUUGAAAAGAAAAUGAGUUACUUGGGUGUCGGAGUAAGUCCGGGGAAUGUUCCGGUGUACCACGGCAGCGAUUUGAAGGUAGUUGACCGGCGGGUAAGGGUGGCGGAGUUAAUAUUGAGAAGUGUGAUUUGCGGUUUGGCUCUUGUCGCAGCUGUUCUUGUGGCUACCGAUACUCAGGUGAAAGAAAUCUUCACCGUUCGAAAGGAAGCCAAAUUCACAGACAUGAAAUCUCUGGAGUUUUUGGUGGUGGCGAAUGGGAUAGCGGCGGCGUACUCGUUGAUACACAUAGUGAGGUGUGUGGUGGGAAUGAUAAGAGGAAGUGUGGUGUUGAACAAGGCGUUGGCGUGGGUAAUCUUCUCCGGUGAUCAGGUGAUGGCGUACAUGACGGUGGCGGCAGUAGGGGCGGCGGCACAAUCGGCGGCGUUUGCAAAACUUGGAGAGGCGGAGCUUCAGUGGAUGAAGAUAUGUGAUAUGUAUGAUAAAUUUUGUAACCAGGUUGGUGAAGGGAUUGGGAGUUCGGUGAUUGUUUGUGUGAGUAUGGUGAUGGUUUCUGGUUUAUCGGCGUUUAGUUUGUUUCGGUUGUAUGGUGGUGGGAAUAAAAGAGGAAGGAAGACAAGCGCAGCAUGGUGAAGUGAAAAAAAAUAGUGUGGGGUCACUAAUUAGAAUAAGCAUUUUCAUUUUGUGUUCAUGAUGGUUUUAUACGCCUGCCUUAGGAAGUGUGAUAGGAAGAAAGUUUGCAACUUUUUUGUGUUUCUAUUGUUAAAUAAUAACAUAAUAGAGGAUUUACUGUAAUUUGGCA